UUUGCCCCUUCCAGUCCGGAGAGGGCGCGGAUGGGCGGCGAGCCUGCAGCCCCAUCUGGAAGGGAGGCGUGUGGCCGGCAGGUCGGGGGCGAGGCGGCGCGCCGGCUGAGAGGAGAGGCGGCGGCUCUUCCCGCGGCAGAGGGUCGUUGCCUGGAAGGAAGGAAGGAAAACCGGCAGGCGCGGGGCUUCCCGGGGAAGAAGAGAGGAACAAUGAUGGAGGAACAGAGGCUCAUGGUAAUGAAAGAAGAAGAGAGAGCUGAGAAUGGGGGAAGAGAUCCUUUCAUUGUCCAAGUCAGGACCAUCGGGGACAGUUUGACCGGGGAUGGCCCAUCCCACAUUAAGAUGGAGUCACAGGAGGAAAUUCACCAACGCUGGGAUUUUCAGUGGCAGGAAUUCCUGAAAAGGGUGGCAGCGCUUCCCGCAGCUCUGCCUCCCUUGGACGACGAUGCCAGAGGUUUCCAGGUCCCCUGGGGGAGAAUUAAGGAAGAUCCACCAGAAGAGAGCUCUGGAGAGUUCAGAGGGGAACCUGUGCUCCAAAGAGAUCCAAACAUCAGUGGGAAAGCGUGGAUGGACAGGGAAAAGCUGGAUUUCUGCAUGAAGGUGAAGGUGGAAGAGACUCUGGAGGAAGUUGACCUGGAGAGCCAGUGGCCCCUGCAGCUCAGGCAGUUCGGCCCCCAGGAUGCUGAGCAGCACCAGGAGAUACCUUCAAAGAGAAAGCACCCUGGUUCAGCUGAAGUGAGCAGCAAGAAGCAGAGGAAAGCCAUCGAUCUCAAUUUGAAGAUGAAGAUCAUCAAAGCGUACGAGGCCGGGAAGAAGGUGACUAAAAUAGCGCGAGAAGUAGGCCUGGCCCAUUCCACCAUCUCCACCAUUUUGAAGGAUAAAGCGAGGAUCCGAGAGGCCUUAAAAGGAGCAGCGGGAAUGAACACAAGCAUAACCAGACAGCGAAAAGGCCUCAUCCACGAAAUGGAAAAACUCCUUAUCCUCUGGAUUGAAGAUCGGAUACAGAAGAGGUUGCCGGUGAGUCUUCUCCUCAUUCAGAAUAAGGCCCGCAGCAUUUUCUCCAUGCUGAAGGAACAAACGGGCGAGGAGUGCACCGAAAUAUUCACUGCCAGCCACGGCUGGUUUAUGCGGUUUCAGCAACGAUUUCAUUACCAGAAAACACAGGCGUCAGCUGAAGCGGCGAGGGCUGACGAAGAAGCUGCCCGACAUUUUCUGAAUGAACUCGACGGUAUCAUAGCCGAAGGGAACUAUUUCGCUGAACAGAUAUUCCGUGUGGACGAAACUGGGUUGUACUGGAAAAGAAUGCCGGAGCGGACCUACCUACACAGAGAAGCCCAAGCCAUGCCUGGGUGCAAAGCGUUUAAGGAUAGAGUAACCUUACUAUUGGGUGGAAAUGUCUCCGGAUUCAAGCUGACGCCAUUUCUGAUCCUCAAAUCAGAUCACGCCUGUAUGUUCGAAACCAUAAGAAAAGACCCACUGCCCGUUUAUUACCGAUUUGAUUGGAAGGCCUGGAUGACGCCCAUCCUCUUUGAGGAUUGGUUUACGAAUUGUUUCAUACCCCAGGUAAAGGAAUAUUGUGGGCAAAAGGGGGUUCCUUUUAAAAUUCUCCUUCUCCUAGACAAAGCACCUGGACACCCCCCACAUCUUGACAGUCUCCACCCCGAUGUAAAGGUGGUUUAUCUACCCCAAAACACCUCGGCUCUCCUACAGCCCGUGGGAGAGGGGAUGAUCUCCGCAUUCAAGAUGUACUAUUUGCACGCGGUGUUUGCCAAAGCCUUAGCUGCAAUGGAAUACGACAGAGUAAUAUUGCGCGAGUUUUGGAAAAACUACAACAUCCUGCAUUGUAUCGAAAACAUUGCUGCAGCCUGGCAGGAUGUCAGCGUAAAAAGUAUGCAAGAGUUUUGGAGAAAGUGUUUAAGACGUUUUGUGGCUCUCACAAACAAUUUUGGGAUGUUUCACCACAUGCCAAAUUUGGACGAUAUCAUCCGGAAAAUUCUGACGCUCACGCGAUUCCUGGAUUUGGAGGUCGACGUCGAAGAUGUGAAAAAUCUGGUGGCCUAUACGGAAGGAGAUCUUUCCAACGAAGAUUUAAUUGAGCUGAAAGAAGAACUGGAAGCACAAAAGAUUGUGGAGGAAGAAGUGGAGAAAGAAGAAAGGAAAGAAGAAAGGAAAGAAAGAAAAGAAGAAAGGAAGGUCAUAGAGGUUCGGCCUAAAACAUUCAGCCUGAGAAGAUUGGCCAGCGUUUUCUCGAGUGUGAACAAAAUUUUAUCGGAAUUAGAGAGUAUGGACCCAGAUGUGGAACGUUUUAGAAGGGUGCACUGGGAAAUGUGUGAAAUCUUAAAAUGUUACCGCGAAAUAUAUGAAGGGAAAAAGAAAGAAAAGAAUGAUAAAGAAAAUAAACAGAAUGGGUUGCUGAAGAAAGCUACUCCUUCCCCAGCUCCACUUCCCUUCCUUUUGCCCUUCCAGUCUACAGGAAUACAAAACCCAGAUCCUCAGCCAUCAACCAGCUACGCCAGUGGAUCCGAUGUUCCUGAAAAUACAGAAAACUAUGAAUAUUUUCAAGGAUUUAUAUCCAAUUUGAUGCUUACAGGCAUCCCAAUCCCAGCAUUAUACGAUACUAAUAUCUCCCAAAUUGGAGGAAGAGGCCUUGGAGAUUGUGAAGGUGAUGCUUUCCCCGGAGAUAAAGCAAGAGAAUGAAGAGGAGGCCAACUCUCUAGAAUAUGAAGGAUGUGGGACAACUCAUAAGAAGACCUUCCAGGUGGGAAGAUCUGAAGAAGUAGAUUUGGGAAGAUUCCAUUGAAAGGAGUCCAACGAUCAUUUCUCUGGGGUUCCAGGAUUAAGGAGAGCCAGUAGAUCCGCCAGAGCACAAAGGCACACAGGAAAGAAAGCCAGUAAAACUUUUCUGCCUGAAGACGGUGAUCAAAAUUUAAGUGAAGCCAAUUUUCAGCUGGGCACAAAGUCUGGAAUUAAGAGGAGCCCGAGAUGGUGUGGAACUAUUAGUGUUCAAAUGUGCAAGUACAGGAUAACUGCGUAAAUAUAUAUACUCUUUGAGAACAUUAACGGCAAACUCCGUGUAUUCCAUAGGAAAACCUUCUUGCAAGAAAAAAAAAAUCACGUUUGCUCAGAGCGCAGAAAAACUUGGGUUUUAAAGCAAACAAGAUAAUCUAAACGGGAAGGAUGCUGUAGAAACAUUCAAACUGCAGCAAACGUUUCAACGCAAAAUCAACUCUGAUUCAAUAUGAGACAGUUCCGCACGGGUGAGAAGCUGUACAGAUGCACUGAAUGUGGAAAAGCUUUUUAUUUUAUUUUUUAGAAAGAGGGGGUUCUGGUCAAGUCCCUGAGGGGGGGGGGAAAGCCACAUAGAUGCUUUCAACUGCAGCAAAAGCUUCACUGGGUGAGAUGCCCUCAUCAAACACAAGCGAAGGAGAGAAGCCUUAUGAAUGCUCCAACUGUGGGAAAAGCUGCCAUUUUAAACCCAGAGAGGCAAGAAACUUCACAUUUAGACCUCAGCAAAAGAGGAUGAGAGAGGAUGGCUGGUGAAAUGUGACAUGUACCGAAGUCGUAUCAGGCAGAAUGCAGAUCUUCACUCACGGCUUGUGAUCCACACAAGGGCCCACACAGGAGAGGCCACAGGGGUGUGUCCUCAGUGUGAAAAGACCUGGUUUCUAGCUCACAUCUCAGGAAGCAUAUUACGGUGCACAGGCUUAAAAAGUUCUUCCACGGCGGGAAAAACCUCCAUUAGAAAAUGGCGGCCCGCCAGUGGAUUCACGCCUGAGAGGAACCAUAAAGAUGCUGGGUGUGUGAGAAAAGAUCCUGCAGUUCUUCCAUGCUUCAUAAAGAUAUGAAAAUCUCUUCAGCAGGGACAUCCUAGAGGGAAGGGUUGGUGUUCAGGUCUAACACGCAGUCUCGGAGAUAGUGAAAACGACACCAACCAUUGGAGCGCAACAUCAGACAGCAGAGAAGAAGCGCAACGGAACGAUGGCUUUUAAAAACAUUGACACAUUAAAGUGUUAACAAAGCAGCGUCUGUUUUGUACUGAACUGCUUUUGUUCAACCUCUAGGAUAGCAGGCAGGCUAGAAAUGGCCCUGCUCUCAAAUCUUGGUGGUACAGGAGACUCUGAAUUCUAGUCACACCUUGGCCACGAAAGUCAGCUAGGUGGCCUUGGGCCAGUCAUUCUCUCAGUGUAACUCACCUUACAGGGAAAAAUAGGAGGAAGGAGGCGCGUUGGAUGGGUUUGGCGCCUUGGAUUAUUUGUAAAACUAAUAAAAGAUGCGAUACAAAUAAAUAAAUAAGUCAGGGGGGGUUGAUCUCCGUAAGGGAUGUCGCUUUGUGUAGUGGGAUGCCUUGUGCAUAUAUUUGGCCUCCAUACAGGUUUUGGGAAAUGAGCUGCAGUCUAACCUAGCAAAAUCUAUUCCGUAGGGAAUAUUCGGAAAGCAAAAGGGGGAUUUUUUUUUUCUGGAAUUGCCCUCAUUCCUCACCCUCACAAUUUUAUCAAGGCCUACUUCAUUAUCUCUCCUGUGAUUAGCUAAAUUAAUCCUGUGGUUAAAAUACCAUCCAGAGCCAUUGAGGGCUAGGUGGCAUACAAAUUACAUGCAAAUGUAAUGUAAUAGUAUUUUUCUUUGGUGAUAUUUUAUGUUUUAAACCAUUUGUAUGGCUGCUCUUCUCAAAAAAACAUAAUAACUGGUCAGCAAGAAAAGAAUUAAAGUGAAAACUGUUUAAAUCAAUAAACUGCAUUGGUGGCAAGUUGAAGAUGUGUGGACUUCAACUCCCAGAAUUCUCCAAGCACCCUUGUUUGUGCAGGCAAAAUGAGAGGUGAACCGAGACCGGACUUUCAUCAUGUUUCUAUAUUUCCUGAUAAGAUUUUUUUUAAAAAAAACUAUGAUUCCUUCCCCAAGAUCCUUGCUUCUGUCAGGGCUGGUCUUUACCCACAGGAAGAGUCUUAAGAAAUAGGAGAUGGAGCUGCAAACCAGGCAGGUCAUGGACUGAACUGUUGUGCCUGCUAUUUUGACUUUUUUUGACUAUUUAUGGACAGCUUUGUUUUCCACGGGGGGGAAAAAGUAAUCCUAAUAAACUGAAAAGUUUCUAAAAUGAAACUAAGGGCUUGUUUUAAGAGGAAAAACUUGUUAAAUGUCUAAAAAUGUCUGGAACCAGACCCAGAACCAUGAUGUAGUGCUGGGAAAAUAUUUUUGCACUUAUUUGCAGGAAAAAGAAUGUAUAGAAAUAAAAUUAUUACUGCUGA